GAGACGGAAGUCACGUGACCUGACUGGGAGUUCUGUCAUGUGAUGGUUCCUGCGUUUGCAGCGGAGCGCUUGACAGUCAACAGACGAACAAAACGAAAAAGCGCGUCUGAGACGGAAAAACUCACACAGAUAAGAGGUUAAACCUGCUGGACGGCUAUCAUGGGGUGCUGUUUCAGCAGCGAUAGCGAAACGUCGGAGCAGAAUGAAGAGGUGAAGCCAUUGAUUCCUGACCCAAACUUAGACAGAAAACCCACCAGUGGCUCGGAGCGAAAUGCAGACAGCCUGCCGUCUAACCGCACAGAUGAACAGGCCCUGCUCACGACCAUCCUGCAGCGGACAGCUCUGAACAUAAUUGACGUGUCGGCUGUUGAUUCUCAAGGCAUGGAGCAACAUGAAUACAUGGACAGAGCCAGACAGUACAGCACCAAGCUGGAGGUGUUGAGCAGAACGCUGUCUCAGAAGAAGCCCGUUCCUCUUCCAUCACUGACCAGCCAACCUCACCAGGUGCUCGCCGCUGACCUGGCCCCCUACGCAGAUGUACAGCAGGUUUCUAAGAUUGCUGCGUACGCCUACAGCGCCAUCUCACAAAUCAAAGUAGAUGCCAAGGAAGAGCUGGUGGUACAGUUUGCUAUACCAUGAUUCAAAAGAUGGACCUCCUUCCUCCCCAGUUCCUCUGUUUCUGUCUCUCUUUCUAGCCCUUUCACUCCUCCGUUCUCCUUCCAAACUUCUUGAGAUGCAGACGCCCAUGUCUUUGUUUUCUGAAUGCCCUGCAGAUAAAUAUAAUUCACCCCAACCAGAGCUCCUUGUGUAAAUCCGUCACCCGCCACGGCACAGAUCCGAGAGGGUAAAAACAUCUGAUCUACUAUCUUUGCUUUGACGAGUUGCAUUUGAUUAGUUACUGGUAGUUUUUCAUGCAUUAAUCAAACCCUUUUUCACCAAAUACAUCAGAAAUGCUAAACUCAACGGCGUCAAGCUACUACGAUUGCUUUGGUGAGCUUUUGUUUAGUUUUAUUCGUUCUUGUUGAUUCUUCUUCUGUUGGCUUUUCAGUUUCCUGAUUAGUUGGAGAUUGUUAAACCAAGUAGCACAUCCAGACUUCUCAAUUAUUCUUAUACUUGUACUAAAGUUAAUUGUAUAUUUACUCAGUUUGCCUGGGUCAUAUUAACACACAUGUUAUGGUUCAGUUCAGUAAUGUAAUUAAUUCUCCUGUAGUAUUCUUGAAUCACUGUGGUUUAGAGUUCAUUAUUUCUAAUGCAUUCUCAUAAUUGUAUGCACUGAGGUUCCAGAUUGGGAUGUGGAUUAAUAUGGGCAACAUAAAUAAUACUUCUGUCUAACCAGAGUAACACACAUGUAAUGUUGCAUUAACCAUCUUUUUAUUAUUUUUAAUUCUUUAUUUAACUAAUUUGCUUUCUGUGGCUGAUCUGCUUGAAAUUCUUUUAAAUUGAUUUUCAACUGGUUUAGAUUUGAGUCUAUCACUGUUAACUACCCAAGAGCUGAAAGCAUGGGAUGUCCUGCAACUUUAGACAUUAAUUUGUGGUUUUUCCUAAUCGUUCACCUCUAUUUGCCAAUAGAUGGUAAUCAGGUUGGAUGCCAUAUUGAAUUUUUACGCAGAUGAAAACAAAGCUGUGAUGGACAGACUUACUUUACAGUCUUUACAAUAGCACUC